CUGGACAAGAUCGAGGGCGUGUUCGAGCGGCCGAGCGACGAGGUCAUCCGGGAGCUCUCCCGGGCCCUGCGGCAGGCGCUGGGCGUGUCACUCUUCGGGAUCGACAUCAUCAUCAACAACCAGACGGGGCAGCACGCUGUCAUCGACAUCAACGCCUUUCCAGGCUACGAGGGCGUGAGCGAGUUCUUCACAGACCUCCUGAACCACAUCGCAACCAUCCUGCAGGGCCAGAGCGCAGCCACGGCAGCCGCGGGGGACGUGGCCCCACCGAGGCAUAGCAAGGCCCUGGCCGAGCCGGCGGGCAGCCUGGCCGGCGAGCGGACGUGCAGCGCCAGCCCUGGCUGCUGCGGCAGCGUGACGGGCGAGGAGGCGCCUUGGAAGGCCGAGGCCGACGUGGGUGGCACCGCCAAGCUGCCGCACCAGAGACUUGGCUGCACUGCGGGCAUGUCGCCCAGCUUCCAGCAGCACUGCGUGGCCUCCCUGGCCACCAAGGCCUCCUCCCAGUAGCCGCAGAGCCAGGACCCAGAGGGGCGGCGCGGGGCGCGGAGCACACCCGCUGGGCAAGCAGCUACUACUAAGAAUUCCCAAUGAUCUGAUUCUUUUCUUAAUUUUUAACCUGAUUUUCUGAUGUCAUGAUCUAAACGAGGGGUGGGGGAAGAUGGAGAAGAACACCAAGCGGUCUAGCCUGGCGGAAAAGGGCAUCCCGCCUGAUUCCUGCUGCGCGGAUCUCCUCACUGAGUUUGCACACUCGUGUUCUCAACACUAGGUCUGAGUGUGUGGGGUGUCCUGUGUGCGUGUGGUUGCCAUGCAGGUGUGUGUGCACACCCAUGUCUGUUGGUGUCCGUGGCUGCUGGGGACCAGGCCUCUGGGGACCCUGGAGGGGGCCGGGCCAGGCUGUUGUGGCUGAGGAGCGUGCGAGCGAGCGGUGCCCCCAGGACUCCCGCACCCAGACCACCCUUUCCUUGUGUCCCUCCAGCUGGUCUCCUCCCCUGUGAGCCCCACCCCGCCAGGUGUGCAGCUCGCCCUCCUUCCCGAGAGUACGCAGAGGCGCCGGGCCCCUGGGGGAGCUGGGCUGGGCUGUGCUGCACCUGCUGCGACAGGGAACGGAGCUUCCCGGGGCUGAGGCCAAGGCCCUGCUGUUGCCGCUCUUCACGCCCCAGCGCUCCCUGCACGGGGCCUCCUGCCCCCAGCCCUGCGCGUCCUCACCCCUGAACCCAGAAAGGAGGCUGCCUGCGUGGGGCCUGGGCCGAUUCUAAGGCUGUGCCAAGGAUUUGUGCUGUGAUUUGGGGCAAAUCAUUCCGAAAGUCUUCGGGCCUUCGUCUCCUGGUCUCUAGUGGGCAUUUGGGCCCCGGGAACCCUGAAGUGCUGUGACUCCUGGGCUGCGCCCUGCUUCUCCAUGAGGUCACCCGGUGAGGACAGGCGCGGGAGCCUCUGCUCGGCGCUGGAGGGAUUGGGGGCCUCUUUCCUGGCAGGGGAGGCUACCUGUACGGUUCACUCCUGUUCACACUGGCCGGUCCCCCCUACCCAGCAGGCCCCGAGCACUGAGCCAGCCAGGUGCCAGGGGCUGCCCCUCCUACACCGUGGGCUCUCCCGUCACCAUGGCAGCCAAGCCCCGGCUCUCCCGUCUGACUCCAAGCUCUGGGCAGACCAGCAUCCCCCUCCGCGGAGAGCAGGAGUUGGGGGAUGCUGGGGACGCUGGGUGCGGUGCACGGGGCCCCUGAGCAUGAUUUUGAGUCUUAAGAUACAGUUCACUUUGGAAAAGAAAGAAGCUUCUGGGCUGUCCUCUGUCGUCCAGUGAGCCAGGACACUGGGGGGAGAGCUGUGUCCCAAGAGAGGCUGCGGCGCGGGGCUCGGAGGCGGCUCCAGCCUGGCUGAGCGAGGCGUGGGACGCCCCUUUGAGAAAGGAGGGCUGGGUCCGGGUGCGGGCAGGGCCGUCAGAACUGCCCAGCUCUUUUGGAAACCAGGGGCUAGGCGACUAACCACGUUUACACGACUUGAGUGUUGAGCCCCGAUGGGUGUCUGUGCGCCGCCUUCCCUAGUUCCGGGCCUGACCUGGGGAGUGGGAGGGCGCGACCGGCCCCUCGCACUGCUUUGUCUCCAAAUAAACUACUGAAUCAAACUGCAUUUCACACGUGUUUACAGAGUGUCGCUCGAGUUUGUUAUGUCUUUCUCCCAGUCCUUAAAAGAUGUUUAAUAAAACAGCUUUACCUUUU